AUGAAAGAUGGUUUCUUGCGCCACUUUGUUGCCUGGAUUAUUGAUGAUGACCUGCCUUGGACUACUGGUGAAACCCCUGGCAUUCAAAAAUCUUCACCAAGCUUUGUGAAGGAACUAACAGUUGUCAAAUCCAAGAUAUCAUACUCGACUGACAACUGGAAAACCAAACAGAUGGUGUUUACCUUUGCUGGUACAAUAGCUUCCUUCAUCAACGAUGACUGGGAGUUAUGCGAGCAUCUCAUUGACUUCCAUCAUAUCAAAGACAAGGAGCACAAGGGUAUUCAUGCUGCAAAGGCAUUCAUCCAGACUGCUGUGAUCCAUGGGGGCUUGAAGAAGAUAAUCUGCCUCAAUAAUGCAUCAUCAUGUGAUACAUUUACCCAUGCAACUGGCAAAUUGCUUCAAGAUCAUUACAGUAUUCAAUUUCAUGAAGGCAAUGCACAAAUCCAGUGCAUAGCAUAUGUUGUCAACCUUAUCAUCCAAGCCAUGCUGGCAAGUCUGGAUAAAGCAAAGAACCAUGAAGAGGACUACUUUGUCCUGAAUAAGCAUCUUCCUUUUCAUUAUGAUCCAAACAAUGACAGUGGCUUACAAGAGUUCAAGCAGGAGACAAACAGGGAUGGUGGUGAUAAAGACUCAGAUGCAAAUGGCAUCCUUGAGCUUGAGGAUCCCGAACUUGAUGAUGAGGCUAAGAAACUUUUGAACGUGUUUGCUGGAUUGAGUCCUGUAAAGAAGAUGAGUACUGACCAGUCCAACUAA